AUGUUGAGUGCAAGAUCUAGUUUAAGAAAAAAUGCCAUUUCUUUAGUGCGCCACUAUUCGCACAAGGAAUUGAAGUUCGGUGUGGAGGGCCGUGCUGCACUCUUAAAAGGUGUCAACACCUUGGCUGAUGCAGUUUCUGUAACCUUGGGUCCAAAGGGCCGGAAUGUGUUGAUUGAGCAACAAUUCGGUUCUCCCAAAAUCACCAAGGAUGGUGUGACUGUGGCCAAGUCCAUCACUUUGGAGGACAAAUUCGAGGACAUGGGUGCCAAGUUGUUACAGGAGGUGGCGUCAAAGACCAAUGAGUCUGCUGGAGAUGGUACUACUUCUGCUACUGUUUUGGGAAGAUCCAUCUUUACUGAAUCGGUGAAGAAUGUUGCUGCUGGAUGUAACCCAAUGGACUUGAGAAGAGGAUCGCAAGCUGCUGUGGAAGCGGUUGUUAACUUUUUGCAGCAAAACAAGAAGGAAAUUACCACUUCUGAGGAGAUUGCUCAGGUGGCUACCAUUUCUGCCAAUGGAGACAAGCACAUUGGUGACUUGUUGGCGUCUGCCAUGGAAAAGGUUGGUAAGGAAGGUGUCAUCACCGUUAAGGAGGGUAAGACUUUGGAAGACGAAUUGGAAGUUACUGAAGGUAUGAGAUUUGACCGUGGUUACAUCUCUCCUUACUUCAUCACCAACACCAAGCUGGGCAAAGUUGAAUUUGAAAACCCAUUGAUUCUUUUGUCUGAGAAGAAGAUCUCUUCUAUCCAAGACAUCUUGCCCUCUUUGGAGUUGCUGAACCAGUCUCGUAGACCUCUUUUGAUUCUCGCUGAGGACAUCGACGGUGAGGCUUUGGCUGCUUGUAUCCUCAACAAAUUGAGAGGUCAAGUCCAAGUGUGUGCCGUUAAGGCCCCAGGGUUCGGUGACAACAGAAAGAACAUUUUGGGUGAUAUUGCCAUCUUGUCUGGUGGUACUGUCUUCACUGAGGAGUUGGACAUCAAGCCAGAGAAUGCCACUUUGGACUUGUUGGGAUCGUGUGGCUCCAUCACCAUCACCAAGGACGACACGGUUGUUUUGAACGGUGAAGGUUCGAAAGACAACAUCCAGUCCAGAUGUGAACAAAUUAGAACCACCAUUGACGACCCACAAACCACCGAGUACGAGAAGGAAAAGUUGCAAGAACGUUUAGCCAAGUUGUCCGGAGGUGUUGCUGUUGUUAAGGUGGGUGGUACUUCCGAAGUGGAAGUUGGUGAGAAGAAGGACCGUUACGACGAUGCCUUGAAUGCCACCAGAGCUGCUGUGCAAGACGGUAUUUUGCCCGGUGGUGGUACUGCCUUGAUCAAGGCUUCCAAGAUUUUGGAUGCCGUCAAGGCCGAAGCUGCUAACUUUGACCAAAAGUUGGGUGUGGACAUUAUUAAGGCCGCUAUUACCAAGCCUGCCAAGCGUAUCAUUGAGAAUGCUGGUGAAGAAGGCUCCGUCAUUGUGGGUAAGAUCUUCGAUAACGACUCGUUCAACAUUGGUUACGACUCAGCCAAGGGUGAGUUUACCGAUAUGAUUGCUGCUGGUAUCAUUGAUCCUUUCAAGGUGGUCAAGAACGGUUUGGUAGAUGCCAGUGGUGUAGCCUCUCUUUUGGCUACUACUGAGUGUGCUGUCGUCGAUGCUCCACAACCUAAGGGACCCGCUGCUCCACCUGCCGGUGGCAUGGGUGGCAUGGGCGGUAUGCCAGGAAUGGGCUUCUAA